GCAAUCAAUUGCUUAAUGCAACCCUUCGCAAAAAGAUAUUUCGAAACGGCCAUCAUAAAGAAUACUCUGCCCGCCUCCGGGCUAACUCUAACAUGUCUUAUUUAGACAUGAUAAAUCCAUGGCUUCCAAAAUUUUAACUUCAAAAAAAUUGAAAAAAGACUUUGUCUUCAAAGCACCGGCUUGCUGGUCUUAAUCGAUUUAGGUAUAAAAAUAUGAGGUUCUGUGCACGAAACAGCGAAAUGUACAAAUUCUGAAAAAAAAUUAUUCAAAAAAUGAUAACAAAACAGAUGCAAACGAAGUCAUAUUCACUAAAUAUCUCAAUAUAAGUAAAGAAGUUGAAAACAAAUAUAUAAUUUUCUCUCAUUCUCUCAGAACAGAUUUUUCAAGCCUCAACCCUUUUGGGUUAAAGCUCUUGCAUUGAUUGAAUGUUAUAUUAAUUACAAUUGUUUGUUUUCUUUCAGCUUUAGUCCUAGACCUAAUAUAAUCAGAAUUACUUGAAAGUUUCGUGAUAAACUACAUAACAAGAGACACAAAGACAUGGCUCGAUAUCUCAGUCAACAACAAAUAGCGGAAUACAGAGAGUGUUUUAGUUUGUACGACAAGAAGAGAAACGGAAAGAUACGCUCCAGUGAUCUUUGUACGGUGAUGAGAUCUCUCGGCUCAAACCCGACGCUCACUGAAGUGAAUACCCAUCUGAAAACUGCGAAUAAAGCACCCCGGGAUGAGAUGGACUUUUCAGAAUUCCUGACCAUCAUGCAUGAGCAACUCUCCCAUGAGAAUCCAUCUAAGGAAAUCUUCGAAGCUUUCGAGCUGACGGAUGAACGUGGAAAAGGAACAAUUCCUGCCUCUCAUCUCAAACAUAUCUUGAUGAAAACUGGAGAGAAGCUGACUGAGAGAGAAGUUGAACAAAUGUUCAGAGCUGCAAACAUCAAGAUCAAUGGUCAUGUACAAUACGAUGAAUUCAUCAGGAUGGUCACAUUACCUUUACCGGAUUAUUAAUUUUUUGCUCUAGUAUUUUUUAGGUGAGGGGGAAUUCUGCUAAAAAAUAUGUCAAAAAAAAUUUUGAACCGAAUAAUUAAUUAAGUGUUGUUUAAAAUCAUUCUUAGUUUAAUGUCAAUUCAAUAAAAUUUCCUUAUUGAAUAUUCAGCCCAGAAAAUAUCAACCCUCUAUCAUGAUAUAUUUGAAAUUGGUUUCUAGUAUGAUGUCAUAUUAUCUUAAUUAUUAUUCUAGUAUGAUGUCAUAUUAUAUUAAUUAAGAAUUAUUCUGAGCAAACACUAGACUAGUGGUCUCAACUUUCCCUUCUUUUUUGCUUAAAAAUGAUUUAACGAUUUUUUUGAAUGCUUUUUGUGUAUCUGACAUUUGAAUAACAUAAUUUAAUCGAAUUACAUAGCUAUUUGCAGUGGCUUAUUCAGACCAGAAGGAUCAACUGUUUUUAUCCACUAUGUCUUAGAUGUCCACAAAUUUUUGGUCAAUCUCAAUGAUUCAACGACCCUUCACCCCCUAGGUACAGUUCUCGCACUCCUUCAGGAUGCCUCAUUUUUAAGGAACCUAUCAUUUAACAUUAUUCGCUUGUUACUGAUUCAUUUCAAUUCCUAACCAUUAUUCACUGUAAUUAUUUCCAUAUUGAGACAAAAAAGUAUUUCAUAUAGUUCUGCUAUGCUUUAGUUAGUCAGCUUAUGUGAUACGGUAUCUGGAAAAUUUGCCGUAGGAAAUUCCGCCGCAUUGAAGAAAUCGCAAAAGCAUUUUGCUGUAAAACAAGUAUUUGUGAUUAAAACAGUUAGGUAAAUAUGGCUAGGAUUAGGGUAUGCUAAUAAAUUUAAAUAAGUUGAUUUUUCCUUUGCGACGAAAUUUCCUGCUUUGAAUUUUCCUAGAACCAUGUGAUUCGAUGGUCUUGCUGCACACUACUGUAUGUUUGCAACGUUCUUCAAGGUUGAAAUACAAUAUUCUAAAAAGGCCUUACCUGGAUGUUGGAGAAAUACAUUCGUGUUGAGUGCAGCAAGUUUCGUAAUUUUUGUUACGCUCCAACAAGAUAGAGUAGUAAACUAAUAUUUAAGAUAAUUCAUGUUGCAUACAAAUUUCAAUAUAUUUUUUAUGACUUUAUCGGUUCUACCCUAUUUCAUAUAAAUGUAAUUUUA